GGCGAUAUUUUUAAUGGGAUGUAAGGUUGUACUGGUUUCGAAUCAGCAGCUUAUUUGUUUGCCAUUUUUUAUACCAGUGGUGUAGUGCGUCACUAAUAACAAUUAUAGGGGGAAUUCAUAUUAAAUUCAGAAAAAACUAGGAGAGAAGGUACCGGAUAAUUAGCUGCUGUCGUUUCAAGAAAGGUGAAUCAUUCAGCAAAGAUGUCAGCAGUACAGUAUCGUCAGUUGCUUGCCAAUUUAGGGAGUUCACAGGGAACGCCGAAAGAACAAGCUGAUCGGUAUCGUGAGGUGCUGGAGAACAUCUUGGCCAUCACUAACGACGAAGAACGAAGUGAGGGGCUGAAGAUAUUUAUUGAAUCAGUGAUCAAUGAAAAUGUCUCUCUAGUAACAUCUCGCCCGCUGUUAAGUGAUAUAGCGGUACAGCUUCAGCACAUGGGCACUGGACCUGUUUCCAAGGAGCUAUGUCUCUUCACACUGGACAAAUUACAGCCACGGCUGAUUUCAUUUCAGGAACAAGAUUCCACAAUUCGACAACAUCUCGCUGACAUUUUGGAGCAGGAAGAUCGCUGGCAAGAGGCCGCUACCGUCCUUAGUGAGAUACCUUUCGACAACGGACAAAAACAGUAUACUAAGGAUUACAAGCUUAAAACAUAUCUGCGAAUUGCUCGACUAUACCUCGAUUGCGGCGAGAUCAUGAAGGCUGAAACGUUCGUCAACCGGGCAUCCCUACUUCAUGCUGACCAAGAACCUGAAUUUGUCAUUUUGCACAAGGAAUGUCACGCUCGUGUCUUAGACUUCAAGGGAAAAUUCAUGGAAGCAGCCCAAAAGUACAACGAACUAUCAUACCACUCGGGUCUUUCGAAAGAAGCCCAAAUGAAGGCUCUAACCAAUGCCCUCAUUUGUGCAACACUCGCAUCUGCUGGUCAGGUGCGCUCGCGCUUGUUAGCAACCCUUUUCAAAGACGAGCGAGCUCAACGUCUGCCAAGCUUUAACAUCCUUGAAAAAAUGCAUCUCGAUCGUAUUAUCAAACGGAGUGAACUCGACGAAUUUAGCCAGUUAUUAAAGCCACACCAGAAGGGCCUGAAAGAAGACGGCCGCUCGUUCCUGGAGAGCGCUAUCGUUGAGCACAAUCUCCUAUCAGCAUCAGCACUCUAUGACAAUGUGACAUUCGCCGAACUCGGUGCAUUACUCGAGAUUCCGGCUGAACGAGCGGAGAAGUGCGCCAGCCAAAUGAUCACUGAACAACGUUUGGCCGGCUACAUUGAUCAGAUUGACGGCAGUGUAGAAUUCCAUAAGCCGGACGUAUUACCUCAGUGGAACUCACGAAUCGAACAGCUAUGCCAACAAGUUAACGGAGUUAUUGAAAAGAUUACGGCAGGUCAUCCAGAAUGGCUGUCGCAAUUGACGGGCUUUUCCAGCCAGAACAGUCAGCGAUCUGAGCAGGACAAAGAAGAGGCAAUGGUGUCCUAAACCGUUAGGACUCUCGGGAGGAUACCGGUAUAUGAAAUCUGAUAGCAGCGAAGUAUGAAAUACUGCGAUACUUCGGCUUAAAUGUUAUCGCGUGCGAAUGGAAAGUAUGUGAAGCAGAAGAGAAGUAAAUUGGUAAAUUAAACGUGAUAAAGAUAAUCUCAGUACACAUUUACUUUACAAUCGAAGCUGAUAGUUUGUUUUUCAUUGUACGAAAACAUUACUAUGUUUUUAAUAAAACAUACUUUGCAAAGACAGA